GAGGAUAGGUCGGGGGUUGGGGUUGGGGCUGGGGCUGGGGAUUGGCUCGGAGGAGACGAGGAAGGAGAAGAGGAGGGAGGAGAUGAAGAGGCAGAUUCGGAUUGGUGAGCCGAGGUCUUGAUAUGUCGGAGUAAAGGGGGCUAUACAAGUACCUAUUACGGAGGCUCUUAUGGGAUACCGAGGGUAGUACUCUAGUGUGGCUUAUGAUGUUACUGAGUGGUUGAAUAGCGAGUUUAUAUAAGCCAUCUUGCGGCUUAUUCGCGGGCGUUAUUGCAACUAAUAAUUGGUGCCCGCAGUUUCCUGAUAUAUCGCUUAUAUUAAGCGGUACUGCCUCACUACCGUCUGUUGAUGGGCCACAGCCUUCCUCCUUGCAACCUAAUAUUCUAUAUAUCUUUCCAAAUUCAAAUAUUAGAACUACCAUGACCAGAUGAUUUUAACUACCUGAGACAUACAUUUUGACAGUUCUUUCCAUCAUGUCGAAACCCUCCAGCAAAUUUCAUCAGAUAUUUUCUCGUUUCUCCCGAAGUAAGCCUAAAUCAACACUUAGCGAAUCUACUGCUGAGUCCAGCUCGGGAUACGACGCGAAGUAUGGACUGCAAGUCUUGGCGGACCAGCCCUCAGAACAGAUUGAUGGAGUCGAUAUUGUGGCAGUACAUGGUCUGAAUGGGCACUACAUCAAGACCUGGAGCGCGGAAUCUUCAGAUUCGGAUCAGCAUUAUAACUGGCUUCAAUCAGCUCUUCCGCAGACGUUUCCGACUGCGAGAAUCAUGUCUUUUGGCUACGACUCUGCUGUUUUCACCAGGUCUGUCGCUGAUAUUGGCGACUUCGCCGACCAACUCCUCCACGAGCUGAAAAUAAGGCGAUCCAACCUAAGAGACAAGAACCGGCCAGUCCUCUUUCUUUGCCAUAGUCUCGGGGGGAUUAUCUUCAAGAAGGCCCUAAUCCGUGCCCAUGAGCGUGAUCAUUAUAAGGAACUUCUAAGUCAUGUUCGAGGGGUGGCUUUUUUCGGCACCCCUCACCAAGGCUCGUCGGCCGCAGAUUGGGCCGUACAUCUGUUCAACGUACUCAAAGCUGCAUUUUUUAAUUUGAACAUUAAUACUGCACCUUUGAAGGAUCUAAAGAACCAGUCGGAAAGGUUGUUUCAGAUAUCCCUGUCGUUCGUGGAUCGGUGCAACGACCUCAAAAUCGUGAGCUUUUACGAAACGCAACUUUCUCAAGCGGAAGUAAUGUGCUUACAAGAAUUAUAUCCCUGCAACUACGAAGCAUUAAAGAAUGCUAACGAAGAGCGUGCGCCGGGUACUUGCGAGUGGCUCCUCCAGCAUGCUCAGUACCAGAGAUGGAAAGACGAAGAGAAUUCUAGUCUUCUAUGGGUAUCGGCAAAUGCAGGCUGCGGUAAAUCUACACUGGCCAGAUUUAUUAUUGAUCAUUUAGAGGCCACCAGACACCGAGAAGGCCCUCUGGAAACAAUAUGCUAUUUCUUUUUCAAAGAAGGAACCAGCGACCGAGAUAUCGCUACAAUAGCUCUCAGGGCUAUCCUUCACCAGAUCUUCUUACAAAACAAAGUACUAAUGGACCACAUAUUGGAUGCGCGCAACUCGAAAGGCUCCAGUAUUCUGACGGAGUUCAAUACCCUAACUAGGGUAUUCGAAAAAGCUGUUUCGGACCCUAGAUAUCCUUAA